AGCUACACCACCAACGGCUACCCCGACGAGUACCAGCCCACCGCCCUCGACACCUUCUCCGUGCAGGUCCUGGUGGAUGGAGCUCCAGUCCGGAUCCAGCUGUGGGACACCGCUGGGCAGGAAGACUUCGACUGUUUGCGCUCACUUUGCUACCCCGACACCGAUGUCUUCCUUGUGUGCUUCAGCGUGGUAAACCCAAGCUCCUUCCAGAACAUUACUGAGAAAUGGAUCCCUGAGAUACGAACUCACAACCCCCGGGCGCCAGUGCUGCUAGUGGGGACGCAGGCAGACUUGCGGGAUGAUGUCAAUGUCCUCAUCAGCCUGGAUCGCUACCAUGUGAAACCUGUGCCCAGGCCUCAGGCAGAAGGUCUAGCUGACAAAAUCCGGGCUGAAGCGUACCUGGAAUGCUCAGCACUAACCCAGAAGAACCUCAAAGAAGUUUUUGACAUGGCUAUUGUCAGUGGUGUUGAGCACAAAGCACGGCAGGAAAAGAAGAUGACUGCCAAAGGCAUCAAAACUCUCUCCAAGUGCCGCUGGAAGAAGUUCUUUUGCUUUGUCUGA